UAUUGGCUUAAAAUAACCACGGAUAUGACAAUUUUAUAACGAGUUAUCACAUAAAAAUACUCACACUGCUUUUUCCUAUCUUGAUACAAGGAUUUAGUCGGAAUAUGAUAUAAUACGAAUGUUAAUUGGAUAACAUUGCAUUCUUGUUUCACUCAUCGAAAUCUAUUUGAUGUUCUCCGUAAAAGGGGCAAAGCAGCGAACGCUUUUACCUCAGUCCGCAUAUACACACGGACAUGACACCUGUCAAACUUCAAGAACUGGGACACACGAGAGGAUUACUGUCAUAAACAAUCAACUGUGUUUAUUUAUGGACUUGUUUACCUCGGUACGGGAUGACUGACUCUGCAGUACGGGCUGGGAGAUGCCAGGUUCACUCGAAGACUGUAUUGAGUUUUGUUUCCGCUCUAAUGAUAUUGUUGUUGUAUGCGGCAUACGGACACAUUGGGAAAGCAGGAAAUCACUUGAAGACAGACUACAUGGACCGUGAGCAGUGGAAUAAAGUUAUGUACAACGCAACGGAGUCACAUGCCAUGAAACAGAAGCAAAUGGCUGCGGCCGUGAAGAAGGUGCGACUAUUAUGUUUAAUACUCACCAUGGAAAAAGACUUGAACACUAAAGCGGCAGCAGUGAACAAAACAUGGGCAACUCGCUGUGAUAAACAUUUUUAUGUCAUAUACUCAACACAGAAGCGACAUGACUUUCUAAAUGUUGCUGUACCAGACGACAGACAUAAACUGGUCUUUAAAAUGAGAAAAGCUUACGAGGAAGUUUAUCAAAAAUAUAUAAACGAUUUUGAUUUUCUGCUCAAAGCGGAUGACGACACGUAUGUGAUAGUUGAAAAUUUAAAAUAUCUUUUGUGGCACCAUGACGCCAAUAAACCCGGUUAUUUAGGAUUUCAUUUUAAUAAGUUUGUAAACAGUGGUUAUAUGAGUGGUGGUGCUGGUUACGUCAUCAGUAACCGUGGACUACGUAAUUUAGUUGAACGGGGAUACCAAAAUGGAGUCUGUGAACUCCAAAAACGUAAAGAUGAUCCGGAAAAUUCUGAAGAUAUUGAGACUGGAAGGUGUUUAGAGACUGCGGGAGUGCCUGUUUGGACUUCCCUUGAUUUGCAUGGUAGAGAGACGUUCCACGCUUAUCCGUUAGAAAGACACCUUUUCGGGAAUUUACCGCAGUAUAUAUAUAGCUGGGCGAAACACCCUAUACGAAACGGAAAAGAAUGUUGUUCGAGGUAUGCGAUAUCUUACCACUACGUGAAACCAGAUGCCAUAUACUUCCUGCAUCACAUGUUGUACGAGACAACCGUGUUCGGGUUAGCCGAUAAUUUGGAGAUUAAUGGACCCGUUUUUAAAUUUGAUAGAAUCGAAUAAUUAAAUUUUUAAAUGUUUGCAAGCACGUGACACUAGUUUUUCCUGUGUCACAUAAGAUCUCACCUAAGAUUUCAGACAUUUUGUAGUUGUACUGGCACACAAUCUAUGCUACUUUUUUUAUUCAGACUUUUUUAUGUUGAUCAGUUAGAGAGCUGUCGUAACUGGUUUUGGUUUUUGGUAACGACGUUCGGUUAAAAUUUGGAUUAAGACAGAAAUGCCUAUUUCCUUAAUUAAACAGAGAAUACUGUCAAAGUACGAGUUUAUAGAAAUCAAAAUUUUACAAGCUAACUAUAUAGUCCUUAUUAAGGCGCUGGGUCCACUAUGAUAAAAUUGAUAACGAAAGAAAAAUGUUUCUAUAGGUUAUUUGUAUGCAUGUACUUUUUAUACUUCGUAUGCAUCACAUACCUUAAAGUGCUCAAGGCUUAAGAUUUUUUGUUUAUAAAACGAUUAAUGUUAUUGGUGAAGACUGUCGCAAAAUGUGCAAUUUAGUCGUUUAUUUCAAUGACAGAGCAGGGAAUAUACAUGGUAAAAUGGCCAUAACCAUUUAGUUAUUUCAUUGCAGUUGACGGCUCUACUCCAAAAACAAUGGAAUGCUAUUUCCAUGGUGUCCACUUAUUUAUAGAGUAGAAUGUUGAUAGUUUAAUCAAAAUGUUGUGACUUGCAAAACAGGCUGAAAUCGAUUCAAUUGUGAACCACAUACCGACACAAAUUCCAGUGUUAUCUCCUGCAUUCAAUGCCUUAUUUGUAUUCGACAUUGACCUUUCAUAUUAUAUCAAAAGUCAGCAAAAUAUGUUAAAUAUUACUUAUAGAUGUUAUAAAACAA